AUGGACAACUCUGAAGUCGACCGGCCAUCGCCACCCCAGUCAGUACCCGAUUCCGAAGACGAAUCGCUCGCGGGUCAGCAGUACGGAUCAACAGAGGGUGAGCAAUUGCGGGACAUGGAAGAUUUCAGUUCGCAUCAAUAUGCAACGAAGUCUUUGAGAGAAGCAGUCCUUCAACUAAGUUUUUAUGCGGUCAAAAUGCUACUGGAGAACGAGCAAGUGGAGGUGGACGAGAAGGGCUGGGAUGGCCGAACUGCCCUUUCUCUGGCCAUCGAGAACGGCCUGUAUGACGUCGUGCAACUUUUGCUGGGAAAAGGGGCCGACCCUAAUAUUCGAGAAGAUCAAAACCGCACCCCGUUCUUUUGGGCUGCUACGGGAAGCCGACGUCGCCGAUUUCCGUCCGAUUUCCGUUUUUGUUAUGAUGACAUGAUUAGAUUCCUCCUGCGGGCUGGGGCAGAUCCGAGUUUAACAGAUGACAAAGGGAACACUCCGCUGGCUGAGGCUGUUGUUAUAGGAAAUGAAGAUUUCGUGAAGCUGGUCGUCGAAUCUGGUCCUUUCAAAACUAACACGCAGGGCGACGAGGAGAAAACUCCUCUGAUGCGUGCAGCAACUGGAGGACGGCCAACUUGUAUGAUGUAUCUUUUACAACACCCCGCCCAUAUGGGUAGUUGUGCUUGGUGGGAACGAUUCCUUCAGACCAGGUCACGGCAAAGAAAGCAGGAGCCGGGCCCAUCUCAAUUCCCGAACCAUUUCCUGAAAGAUGCUGGCCUACAAAAACUAAUAAGUCAGCUGGAAAGAAAUUCCGUUUUGAACGAGGUACUUCCGGACGGGCGCACGUUUCUCUCGUGGGCUGUGGAAUUCGGAGACGAAGAAAUUGUUAUAGAACUUCUGCAUUUCACAGCGGACCCCAACGUCCGUGAUAAAACGGAACAUCAGAUGACCCCCUUGAUAAAGGCAUUGAAGAUUGGCAACAUGGACAUGGUCGACCUGCUCAAGGAGAAAGACAAAAUUUCGAUGCAUAUUCUGGUGGACGAAGCCAAUGAUAUGGGUGAAGAGCAAGCCUUGGAGCUCGCACGCAAGCUUCUAGAACAUGGAUACAGCCUUAACAAGUGUGAUUCUAAAGGUCAGAAUCCCGUCCACAUUGCGUGUCAUGAGGGGAGAAAAAGCUUUGUUGAGGAGUUUCUCCACCCAAAUUACCAAAGUCAAAACGCCUCCGUUCAUGAGCGGGAUAAUAGCGGGAAAACGCCGUUGCAGUAUGCAAUCGACAAUGAGGACAUUGUCAAGCUUCUGGUCGGAUACAGGGCAAAGCUCGCUGACAUCCCAACUGAAAGUCUGUUCAAACUCAGAGAACCAAAGCCGCUCUGCGUCCAAUUGACUAGCAAUCGUCAGGCCCCUUAUCAAACUCUUCUUCUGAUCAGUGACUAUGACGAAGCGCGAGAGCUGUGGAGCUUGCAGUCUGGAGAGAUCCAAUUACGUCUCUUCCAAGGUUCGAAAAUACCAGAGUUUCGCAGCCCUGAGAUCAAAGACGAUCCUGUUUUAAGUCGUGGAUAUGGCGAAUAUUGUCGAUUCUUUCAGCCAAAGUGUCCAAGCCAGCGCGGUGAAACUCAGCUAUUCAAGCUAUGCGUAUCUUUGCCUGAGCGAUUUCCAUUGGAGGUGGCCUGGGCCAUUAGGGAAUUGGGGCAUGAACUUGCAUAUGGAUACAUCAGCACGCUUUCGAACUCUGAAGUACCUAAGCAUCAUGGAGAGCUUCUCAGAGGUUUGAUGACUGAGGUUGCCCGGGAAUGGAGGAAGAUGGUAUCGGUCAUGGGGGAUGAAAUCAAUUUUAUUUCCCGGACGGACCUGAUUCUUCCUCAAUUGGCGAAAAAGAGAGUAGACCAGGUCGAACAAGAAGGUAGAAGUCAAACCGUCCUCCAGCGCCUCCAGGCAAAGGCAGGACAACACGCUAGGCUGCAAAGAUGGUUCAAAGGCCACAUUACUGGAUUCACACAUGUGGUGGAUAUCGAUUCAUAUUUGCGAAACGAGCAACAUGGUGAUCAGAAGGGCCCCCUUAGAGAAAUAAUCCAGAAGAUGGAUCAGGAGGUGAGUUCAGGACUUGCGCGCAUCGAGCAAAAUAUUCGCGAGUUAUUACAGAUUGUGAGUGCACCUCGCCAUCUACUCUGGAUCCAUCUGACCGGUGGUUGA